AUGAUAAGCAUCGAAGAGAAAGAAGAGAUUAUCAAUCAAUUAAAAGAUAAACCUUUGGCAAAAGAUCUAUUUGAUGAAUUGCAUGAAAAAUGUAAUGAAAAAUACACAAAAUUAAUCGCAAAUAACGCAGAAGAAUUAGCAGAAGAAUUAAAAAGACAAAUCAAUGAAGAGAAAAGCUCAAAAAAUUUUGAAAAUAUUAAGAAAAAUGUUGAUAAAUUAAAAGAAUCUAAUGCUGAAUUAG